AUGAGUCCCAGCUCUGACAACGUUCGUCACGUGAUGAACGAAGGCUCAGCGGUCUUCGCCCAAAACGUUGGAGAAUGUAACGUGGUCUGCAUCAACCUGAACGUCGUAUUAAAGCCAAUCGGCUGCAGUACAACGCGAAUCAGCCGACAUCUUCUGGCGAGUUUGAUCUAUGAAUCUCCCCAUAAUGUACUUCCAUAUGAAAUGAAAUUUAUCUCAUCCAAGCUGGAAUCGACUGCAGUUUCGAACUCGCUUGAACUGGUAUCAUCUGUAGCUCCAACAGAACGCGGUACUGGGUCGUAUAAACAUUCAGCUACAUGGCCACAGCUACAGGCAAGUCACAGGCCAGAUGCGACAUCCAAGGCAGGCCAGACUUCUCCUAACUCACUUUUGUGCGCGAACUUUGUUGCUUAA